CGGGCAGGAUCGCGACACACCCCCCGCUCGGUGCGACAUCCCGGGCUCUGCGGUCUUCGCUGUAGCGCACCAUGAGGCUGCCGCUCGCUGUCCUCGCCGUCGCUGUGGUCACGUCCCGGGCUAACGGAGAGUCGCACUGGUGCUACGACAUUCAAGCCAACAGCAAUCCGGGCAGCUGCCAGAGGCCUGACCAGUGGGGUGGAGAGUGCCAGAAGAGCCACCAGUCCCCCAUUGACAUUGUCACCCACAAGGCCAGGCUGGACCACAAUCUGAAACCCUUCUCCUUCUCCGGCUAUGACAAGAAGGAAAAGCGGACUGUCAAAAACAAUGGGCACACAGUGAUGGUGUCGCUGGAGCCUGAUGCCAGGAUCAGCGGAGGAGGACUGGCCGCACAGUAUCGGGCCACGCAGUUGCACCUGCACUGGUCCGAGAGCCUAAACAAGGGCUCGGAGCACAGCCUCAACGGGCAGCGCUUGGCCAUGGAGAUGCACAUCGUGCAUGAGAAGGACACAGCCAAGGAAGAGGCCCCGAACCCUAAAGACAAGAUCGCAGUGCUGGCCUUUCUGGUGAAGGAGGGAAAUGAGUUCAAUGAAGGUUUCAGGCUCCUGGUGGAGGCGCUGGACCAUAUCUCCAAACCGGAAAUGAACUUCACCAUGGAGGCAAGCAGCAUAAUGGACCUGCUGCCCAAGGAGAACAAACUGAGGCACUACUUCCGCUACCAGGGCUCGCUCACCACGCCAACCUGCGAUGAGACAGUUGUCUGGACUGUGUUCAAGGAGCAUAUUCAGCUCCGCAGAGACCAGAUCCUGGCGUUCUCCCAGAAGCUGUACUAUGACCAGGAGAAGAAACUGCAUAUGACGGACAAUGUCAGGCCCCUGCAGCCCCUGGGAGACCGCCUGGUGUCCACGUCGCGGGCCGCUGGACAGCUGCUGCCCACGGCCCUGCCUGCCCUGCUGCUGCCCACGCUCACCUGCCUGGUGGCCAGCGUCCUCUCAUGAUGGUCAAUCCUGGACGGUGCUCCCUGACCUCAGCCUUCAGAGGACUUGGCUUCCGGUCUUUAUGUUUCCCAGGGUGGACUUUGGAUGAUUAAAAUAUGGGUAUAUUUUUGGAGAAA